AUGGCAGACUGGGAUCCAAAUGAAGAUACAGAAUGGAAUGACAUAUUAAGAGACUUUAAGAUUCUGCCACCAAAAGAAGAGGUUCAGGAUGAAAUUGAAGAAAUGGUUUUACGCUUACAAAAAGAAGCAGAAGUGAAACCGUAUGAAAGGAUGAAUCUGGAACAACUCAAAGAAGCUGAAGAUGACUUUGAUGAGGAGGACAUGAAAGCUGUGGAAAUGUACAGGAAACAACGCUUGAAAGAACUGAAAUCUUUACAGAAGAUACAAAAGUAUGGAGAACUCAGAGAAAUUUCUGGUGAGCAGUAUGUCAAAGAAGUGACCAAUGCCCCCAAAGAUGUGUGGGUUGUCAUUCAUCUAUACCAAUCAAGCAUUCCGAUGUGUUCACUAAUCAAUAGACAUCUCAGCCUACUGGCCAAAAAGUUUCCUGAAACCAAAUUUGUGAAAGCUGUGGCAAACAGCUGUAUUAAAAAUUACCACGACAGUUGCUUGCCUACACUGUUUGUAUACAAAAAUGGACAGAUUGAAGCCAGGUUCGUGGGGAUUACAGAAUGUGGAGGAACCAAGCUGCAAGUAGAAGAAUUUGAAUGGAAGUUAGCAGAGGCUGGGGCGCUCAAAACUGAUUUAGAAGAAAACCCCAAAAAGGACAUUGUGGAUAUGAUGGCAUCUUCAGUUAGAAAUGCUUCCAUAUAUGACUAA